AUGCCAGGAAAUCUUGAGAUCAUAGAAGUAAGCAGUAGCUUCUGCCUUAACACGGACAUGGCACAGGAGAAAAUGGAACCAGGCGUGGAGCUGCUGCCAAGUUCUGCCAUCACAGCCCGCAACACCCAGAGAAGAUCCAACAGCACCCCUUUGAUCAGCGAGCUUGGGUGA